AUAAUAUUGAGGGAUAUCGGCUGCAGGGGAAGCACUCUUAACGGCCACAAAUGGCCUCUUCCGCCUCUUCAGUCACCCUCACCUCUCUCCACCAUAGACGACUCUCUUCGAUUCUCCCCGGUAAGUACCCUUCAAGCUUCGACUAUCACUCGUUCACUUGCUCUCCCUCUCUUAGACCGCAUGUCAUCACCCCCUUUGCAAAGCUGCCCACGACAGACCAAGAACCUAUAAAGUCGAGAACUUUGGUAACUCGGAGGAAAUCUAGUUCCGGGUCUCGUCCUAGAGUAGAUGAUAGGUUAGAUAGAGAGUCCUUGAAGAACCUCGUGAGGUCAUUGGUAAGAAAUGGGUCUUCACGUAAUGGAAGUUUGAGGUUGUCAGAUGAUGGAAACAGCAGGAAAGAUGGCUCUUUUAGGCGAAGGAGGGAGAUGGGUACUGCGCGUUUGGAUUCUCAGCCUAAUGGGGAACCUGAGGAGGUGAAAUUAUUGGAUAAGGACACUUCAAGCAAGAAGUCCAAGAAGAACGGUAAACUCGAGUCGCCUGACUCUCGGCUUCGGGUUGCGCUGGAUCAGUGCUCGAAGAGAGGAGAUUUUAAGGGUGCUAUCGAAUUGUACGAUUCUGCUCGGGAACAGGGGAUUGGGUUGGAACAGUACCAUUAUACGGUUCUUUUGUACUUGUGUUCUUCUGCAGCUGUUGGUGUUGUUCAGCCUGCUAAAAGCGGGAGCGGUUCUCGAGUGCUGAAUAGUUUGGACUUACCUCGGGAAGACCCGUCCGAUAAUGACUACGUGAAUUCUGAUGAACCUGCACGUGCUGCUAGUGGUGAUUCUUUGAAUGAUGGAAUGGGGGAUGCCAAGGAAGAGGACGGACCGAUACGUUUGAAUGAAGAUCUUAAGGAAUACGCACUCAAGAGAGGAUUCGAGAUAUACGAGGAAAUGCAUUCCAGGAAUGUUCCUAUGAAUGAGGCCACAUUAACCUCUGUGGCUAGAAUGGCAAUGUCUAUGGGUGAUGGUGACAUGGCAUUCGAUAUGGUGAAGCAGAUGAAAUCUCUGGGCAUAACUCCUCGGUUGCGGUCCUAUGGGCCUGCCUUAUCUGUUUUCUGUAAUACCGGAGAUGUUGAAAGAGCGUUUGAAGUGGAAAACCACAUGUUGGAGCAUGGAGUGUACCCAGAGGAGCCCGAGCUCGAGGCCCUCUUGCGGGUAAGCGUCGAAACAAGAAAAGGCGAGAAGGUCUACUACUUGUUGCAUAAGCUAAGAACGAGUGUGAGGAAGGUGUCUCCUUCUACAGCAGAACUCAUCGAAAAGUGGUUUAAAAGCACUGUAGCUUCGAAGCUCGGGAAGAGAAAAUGGGAUCAGAAAGUGAUUAGAGAAGUGAUAAGGAACAAUGGUGGAGGGUGGCACGGACAGGGUUGGUUGGGCAAAGGGAAGUGGAAGGUUUUGCGUGCUUCUGUUGGGGAUGACGGUUCAUGUAAACGGUGUGGGGAGAAAUUGGCAUUGAUUGAUUUGGAUCCUAAGGAAACCGAGAAUUUUGCCGAGUCAGUUGCUGCAAUAGCCAUAAAAAGAGACUGGAACUCGAGCUUUCAGAAAUUUCAGAAAUGGCUAGACUACUAUGGACCCUUUGAAGCUGUGAUAGAUGCAGCUAAUGUAGGACUCUUUAGCCAACAGCGCUUCCUACCCUCAAAGGUUAAUGCUGUUGUUAACGGAAUACGCCAAAAGCUUCCUUCAAGAAGGUGGCCACUCAUUGUCUUGCAUCACAGGCGAAUUACUGGCCCGAAGAUGAAUGAACCUGUUAACAGGACACUAAUUGAGAAGUGGAAAAAUGCUGAUGCGCUUUAUGCAACACCAACUGGAUCUAAUGAUGAUUGGUACUGGUUGUAUGCAGCUAUAAAAUUCAAGUGCCUGAUCGUCACAAAUGAUGAAAUGAGGGACCACACUUUUCAGCUUCUUGGAGAUGACUUCUUUCCUAAGUGGAAAGAAAGACACCAGGUUCGAUUUGGGUUCACUGAUUCCGGUCCAGUGUUUCACAUGCCUCCUCCUUGCUCAAUCGUGAUCCAGGAAUCUGAUAAUGGUCACUGGCAUAUCCCGAUUACUGCCGAAGAUGGUCUUGAAGCAGAUAGAACAUGGUUAUGUGUGACUCGUGCUAACUCGGGAGUUGUAACUCAAUCAGAAGGUAUGUGCUCGCGUAAUGAAAGGAGCAGUAUUGGAGCGGAAAAAGCUACUGAAAUUGGAGUUAGCCUCAAACUGGAACCAACGGAUCGAGCCAAUGAUGGGAACUCUACACACCCAUCUCAGGAGACAUACGAAAGCCUACGAAAUAUUUUCUCAGCAUCUGUCCCGGCAAGUCACGGCACAAUCCUCUCAGAACUGGAGGCGGCAGAGAACCUUGGCAACUGUACUAUCGAUUUCCAAAUAUGAAGUUGAUUCCAGAGAGGGAGCUGUCGAUUGCCGCCUCAACAGAAGGUUCAAAAAGCUCGGGUUCUGGCUAUGCUUUAUAGAGUGUCCCAACACAUGCAAAGCUCCGAGAUGCAGAAAUCGAAUCUCCCCUUCUGGUGGAAUCUCUUGUCCUGGGGCUGCAUCAGACCAUGUGCAUCGUCCACUGUCCAAUGCUCAUCUUGAGUACAUCAGACUUCAGAUGCUGUCCUUUUCAUUUAUUUCGGAUAGUUUUCUAAUUGAAAAUGCUUCUUUGCCAGAAGAUAUGCUCAUCGUAUAAUGGUCAGAGAUGAGUUGCACAUGCUUUCCCCUUCAUGCUCGAGAAGCGGCCCGGGCCUUGUCCUUCCUCUUAAGCUUCCAUACUCCCACAAAUUCAUAUCAAUGUUUCAUGUGAUGACGGGAAAGAUUGUACAGAAUUUGAAAAGAGUUGUACUGUCAAUAUCAAGGAGGUACGAACUACCAAACAAUGUUGAGGCUCGAAAUGGACUCGAGAUAGAAGUGCCAAUUUUCCGAAUUUCUCCCA